UGGUAACAAGCGGCCAACAAGCCGAGGAGCACCGUGAGAGGUGGAGCCUCGUCAAAGCUGGAUCCCACCGACGUGUACCGGCUGCUGUCAGCCGCUGAGAGCGGUCGUCUUCACUCGGGCUCACUCGACGAUCAUCGGUCUUUCAACAUGGCCACUGUACGAAAGUCAGCGUCCUCGGUGUUGUUAUUUGGAAGAAGGUUAUUCAGCCCUCAGCUGACUGCUGUUUGUUCAUAUCACGAAAAGGUGGUGGACCACUAUGAAAACCCAAGAAACGUGGGCUCUCUGGACAAAAACUCAAAGAAUGUGGGGACCGGACUGGUUGGUGCCCCAGCCUGUGGUGAUGUUAUGAAACUUCAGAUCCAGGUGGACGAAAAUGGCAAGAUCAUUGAUGCAAGAUUUAAGACGUUUGGCUGUGGAUCAGCCAUCGCCUCCAGUUCUCUAGCAACAGAGUGGGUGAAGGGGAAGUCGGUUGAUGAAGCUCUGAAGAUCAAGAACACUGACAUUGCCAAAGAACUCUGCCUUCCUCCAGUCAAGCUUCAUUGCUCUAUGCUUGCAGAAGAUGCCAUAAAAGCAGCACUGUCAGAUUACAGAUUAAAACAGGACAAGAAGGAGGAACGUGCGCAAGCCACCAAUUAAUAUGCUGUUAUAACCAUCCAUUAUGGGCCCUGUGGUGUUUCACUGCCGUGCUGUUUGGACGAUUGGUUACCGUCAUACUACAUCGGGUCUUUCACCCUUCAGGGAGUUUUAUAUAUUUUUGAAAAACCUCCAUGUAAAAGGGGUUGUGGGGUCACUCUCUUGAAUUCAAGCCAAGAUUCCUACAAUGUUCAAGUGCCAGGUGUUAAUGGUGUUUCUCAUUAGUUUUUUUUUUUUUUUUUAAUUGAUGCUGAUUUUGGAGCCGGAAGAUCGCGGGGAAUAUUUGAGGACAACUCGGAUCCUUACAUGUAAACAAAUAAGCUUUUCAACACAGGUCGCCAACAUGAUAAAUCAGAAACCACAGGUCGAGGUGUGUUUUUGUUUUGUAUAUAUUUUGGCUUUAUUUGGCUUGAUUGUAUAAAAUCAUGACUCCCUCUUCAGAGGAUUCAGUAUGAAAAUACAGUUAGGUCAACAGCUCGAGUACACAUACAAAAAAAUAUAAUACAGAAUAUUGUAUGGGACUGUGCUUAUUGUGAAUUAAAUGAGUAAAAACA